UCCUAUUUCAGAUUUUUUUUUCUAGUAAAAAGUUUUCUUCUAUGUUUCUACAAAACUUAACUACCUCUCUGUAUCCAAGGAAAAACAUCACGAGCUUGUCAACAUACAACCGCGUUUGUUUUUUUGGGAAUAUAUAGUUCAACUAUUAUUUGUAUAUUAAUUGCUGUUGUGUAAAAAUGGCAUCCCAGUAUAGACCUUUAGACUCGCGCCGCGAAGAAUUCCAAGACUAUUUGGAACGUUCCGGCGUCUUGGACACUAUCACUAAAGUGUUUCUUAUGUUGUACAACGAGCCGGAAAAACCAUCUAAUCCAAUCGAAUAUGUAAGGAAGAAUUUGUACUCAAACAAUCCAGAUGAGCAAGAAAUAGCCCAGUUAAAGCCAAAAAUCGAGGAGGCAAACGCUAAAUUGGUUAAAUUGCAAAUUGCUCGGGAUGAGCUUAAGGCCUUGCUGGAAGAUACCGAGCAAGAUAGUGGAAUCGGUAAUGCGAAUGGAGAUGGUAAAUUAGCAGACGGUAAAGGAAUGUUAUGGCCUGGCGAAGAAGAAGGGACAGUAGACGGCGAAGCUAGUGUACGUUACUUGGAUAGUGACUAAUGUACUAUGUAGUUAUUAUUCCAUUACAUUUUUUUCAAUCUAACAGUAAUUAUUUAACAUGCUACAACAAAAUAAAACUUUGCCUAAAUGUGUACGUCAGUUUAAUUAAAAAUGUUUAUUUCCAAA